UGAAAACAGUAAACAUUUAUUAAUUCUAAUUUAUUCAUAAAGAUGAAAAUUGUACUUCUAUUCAUUUUGAAUUAAUGAGCAUCUAGGUGUCUAUGUAGAGGAUACAUGGGCGUGAUUCAUUAAAAUUUGCUUCAGGACAAGUGAGGUGUUUUAAUACAAAGGAACUACAGCAUCCAUUUCACCUGGUGUUUAUAAAUUCAUGCACGAGUUCUAUAUAUGUUUAACAUUAUGAGUUCAAAAUCUUCUGGUCAAUGCGGUGGUUCGUUAAAUUAAGACUUGGAUAUAAAAGCUUCAUUUUAUUUUUUAAAUAAACGUUAAUGUGAUACGCUAUAUGGCUGCAUGGACGACCAAACUGUGACAUUUUGGAUAAAAAAACAUAAUAUAUUAUACAUAAAAAUAACCAAUUUAAAGUGCUGAAUAAGGAUACAAACAAAUGAUGAGCGGAACGAUGAACGUAAUGAGUGUCUGGGUGAUUUGCCUCUUGCUCCAGUCUACAUUAGCGUUACCGAGGCACAAGAGAUCAGUAACAACGUUGGUGGAAUGCACCUUCGGCAGUGACAUGUGUGGAUUUGUAGAUCGCCAGGACGACCAGAAAGACUGGACAAGGAGCACUAAUGGCCAAACCCCAUCUGGUGGAACUGGCCCAAACGGGGGGAACAGUGGAGAUACGUUCUUGUAUGUGGAAGCAUCCAAUUCCAACGAUAAUGACAGGGCAGUGAUAGAUUCUCCUACGUUUUCUAGCAGUGGGACCAAGUCUCUGAGCUUCUAUUACUACGCCCUUGGAGAGGACCUCGGGGUGUUCACUGUCACCGCCCAGCCUUCGAACACACAGCUAUUUAGAUUCGACGACGAGGCAGGCUCAGACGAAAGUAGGGCCGAAUGGAGGGAGGUAGCAGUGUCACUACCCGGGGGCACUACUUCUGUGCGCUUUGAAGUUCAACUUCGCACAGGUGGAAAGAAGUGGUCUUCAGACUUCGCAAUUGAUGACUUCAAAGUUACCAGUGUGGAAAGUGGUGGCGAUACAGGUGGUAGCGAUUCAGGUGGUUCUACUGCGUUUAGUUGCGACUUUUCUAGCGGUAUGUGUAAUAUGCGCCAGUGGAACUCGGAUAGUUUCAACUGGGACCGCCAGACUGGGGCUACCGAUUCCGAUCACACAGGGCCAAGAAACGGACGCGCCGGUGGGAAUGAUAACUACUUAUUUGUUGAGUCUAGCAAUAGGGGAAAUAACCAAAAUGCUGUCAUUGAAACACCCGAAAUGUCCGCCAGUGGAGGAAAGAAACUAAGUUUCUAUUAUCAUGCUCGUGGCGAUAACCUUGGAGACCUACGUGCAAUUGCUGAGGAUGGAAAUGGGGGAACACAAACAGUUUGGAAUUGGAAAGACGAACAGGAAUCCAGUGAAGACGCAUGGAAGAAGGUUGAUGUAGACCUAAACGAUGGUGUGAGGAAAGUGAGAUUUGAGGUUGUCCUUCCUGGAUCGGGCAACAGUUAUUCAUCCGACUUUGCUAUUGAUGACAUCUCAGUCAUGAAUUUGGAUGGUGGGGGUGAUACUGGGGGAGAUCAAACGUUUAUUGAUUGUGGGUUUGAAAGUGGCGAUUGUGAAUUCAUUCAGCGGACCGAUGAUGACGAUGACUGGAUUCGUAUUCAAGGAGGAACUCCUUCAGGAGGAACUGGGCCAUCGGGAGCAAAAUCUGGCUCUUAUUACAUGUAUGUGGAAGCCACUGAUGGUUCUCAGAAUAGUCGGGCCAGACUAGAAACUUCUUCAUUUUCAUCUUCUGGCGAGAAGACGUUAACCUUUGAUUAUCAUGCAAGGGGUUCUUCUGUUGGUAGAUUGAAAGUGUUCGCCAAACUAUCUAGUUCAACUGUCCAAAGAUGGAUAUCAUCUGGUACAAGCAGUGAGAACUGGAGAUCAGAAACUGUUUCACUUCCUUCCGGAACAAUUUCAGUUAUAUUCGAAGUUCAGUUGACUGGAGAUUCAAAUUACUGGUCGUCAGAUAUAGCUAUAGACAAUGUCAAAAUAGUCAGCGGAUCAGAUGGUGGCGAUGAUGGUAAUACAGGAGGCGACACUGGGGGUGGUUCGGGUAGAGGAACAUCCGACGUAGCCUUCGUGUUAGAUUCCUCAGGUAGUGUUGGUGCAUCAAACUUCAACAGGCAGAAGGAGUUCAUCAAGAAUGUCAUUAAUGAUAUAAAUCUUGGAGAAAACAAUAUUCAUGUGUCCGUCGUACGGUACAGCGACAAGGCCGAGAGAAUGAUUCGCCUCAACCAGUACUGGGAUAAGUCCGCGUUAAGAAGCGCCAUUGAUAGGAUAGAGUAUGUUCAAGGUGCCUCAUACACAGGAGCCGCUCUACGAUCUCUUACAGAUAGUGUAUUUACUUCGGACGGCGGUGAUCGGCCAGGAGCCCCAAAUGUGGCAUAUCUUAUGAUUGACAGCAAAACCAGUGUUAAGCCAGAUGAAACGCUGAGUGCUGCAAUUGCAGUACGUCAAGCAGGGAUUGAUCUGAAGGUUGUUGGUAUCGGGGGUCAAGUUGACAUGAACGAGAUAGAGAUGAUUGCAGAUGAUGAUGCUAAUGUCAUCACUAUUUCAGAUUUUAGUCGGUUGAAUGACUUGAGGAGUGCAGUGUCAAAUUACAUCGCCAACGAUGGCGAUGGCUGUAGAGACAAUCCAUGUCGUAAUGGUGGAAGUUGUACAGAUUCUCUAAGUGGAUACACGUGUCGCUGUGUUAAUGGAUACGGCGGCUCUUCGUGUGCAACACGCUGUGAUAGCAACCUGGAUAUAGCAUUCCUGUUGGAUACAUCAGGCAGCAUCGGAGAGUCAGAUUUCCGCAAAGCUCGUAAGUUCAUCAAAGAUUACGCAAGGGAGUUUGAUGUUGGCGGCAGGGCUAGAUUCUCAGUUGUAACAUUUGGUUCAGAUGCAAACAAACACUUUGGACUUACCGACAGCAAUGAUUUUACUGAACUCAGUCGAGAUAUGGAAAGGGUGGAUUACACAGGCGGUGCUACCAAUACGGCAGCAGGAUUACAGCUGCUUAGGUUAGGGGUGUUUAACCAAGCCAGGGCUGAUGCUAAGAAAGUUGCAAUUAUUUUAACUGAUGGAAUACCAACUGUUAACCCAGAUGAUACGUUUCCUCAAGCUAAGGAACUUCGUGAAAGUGGGGUUCAUGUCAUAGCUAUAGGGGUAGGGCCAAACAUACAAAUGAGAGAACUCUACGGAAUAGCAUCUGAUCCAGACAAUCUAAACGUUUUCGAGUCAGAACGCUUCGAUGAUCUACCCAACCUCAAAUCUGCUCUUGCAAGUCUCAUUUGCACAGAUGGUGAUCAGUGCAGUCCCAAUCCAUGUAGUCAGGGGACGUGUAUAGACGGCUUUAACUCGUACGUGUGUCAGUGUAGAGACAAUUGGGCGGGUAUAAACUGUGAUCAACGUUGCAACAAUCAGCGUGACAUCGCAAUCCUUCUCGACUCAUCUGGCAGUAUAGGCGAGAAUAACUUUUACAGUAUCCUGGAUAGUCUCAAAACGCUCACCAAUCGCUUUAACAAAGACACUAAUGUCGCUUUUAUAACAUUUGGAGACUCAUCAGUCCUACGAUUUGGAUUUCAAACAUACAGCGAUCGUAGUAGUCUUCUAGGGGGCAUUGGAUCAGUUGGUUACUCUGGAGGUGCAACCAAUACAGGGUCUGCACUCCGAAUGGCUAGGGAUCAAGUAUUUGGAAGAUCUGGGGAUAGAGGUGAUGCAUCCAAUAUUGCGAUAGUUCUCACCGAUGGUAUAUCUACAGUCAACCCGGAAUCGACACUAGACAGGGCUCGAGAGCUUCGGGAUAGAGGAGUACGAGUUGUGUCGGUGGGUAUCGGAAAUGUUGACAAUGAACGCAGAAAGGAGCUUACGGGAAUCGCAACAGAUCCAGAUAGUGACAAUGUAAUAUAUGUUACCAACUUCGCUGACCUUCCUAACAAAUUAUCAGACAUUUUAAACAUCGUCUGUGCGAACUAAGGUGUUAUAUUAUUGGUGGCACGAUCAGAACCCUGCCUCUACCUGGUGCUAUGAGAAUAUACAUGGGUGAAUCAUCACUGGUUGAUCCAAUUGAGACACUGUAGAAUAAGACAUUUAUAUAUUAUAUCAACCUGUUAAUACCAUGUACAGCAUAUACUCACAAUCAAUUAAAUCAAAGAAUGGAAGAUGAGACGCCAGAAGGAUGCAAAAACUUCUCUGAAAUUGCUAUUCGAUAAAUAUACUAAAAUCACCAGCAUAUCAUAGCAAAUUAAUUCACUGAUCACUAUAAGCUACUCGUUAAUUAAAGAAGUGGACUGUUAUACAUGCAACGACUUGAAGCUAAACAGUCAAUUAUACAGGGGUGUCAAAAAAAACGCAACAAGUAGUUAUCUAGUAAAAUCACAAAACUAGUGAUGGCUACAUCAAUUUCAUUCAAUGUACCAUAAAGCCACGUCUCUCCUCUUUGCAAUGAUGUGUCAUCCAUUCACAU